GACGGUGGGUCUGUGGUGUCGUAACGCUCCAAAACUGACUGUCAGACCGCGCCUGGAUCAGCUUCUCGAGCUCAGAUCCCGAAAUCUCACCCACCUGUUAGCCUGCUGAGGCGGGCAGCCGGAUGCUUUUGCAUCAAGUGCCUACUGCUUCUGGUGCAAACAGCUAUGGACAACUUGGUGUUGGUCAUAAAGAGGAUGUGCUGAUACCUCAGUCACUGAAAGAUGUUUCCUGCAAACGUGAAGACAUUAAGAGCAUUACUGGAGGAGGGGGACAUUCUGCAGUUAUCACUGGUGCUGGAGAACUCUUUGUGUGUGGCCAUAACAAAGAAGGUCAGCUGGGACUGAAUCACACAGAAGAUGUAGUGCAUUUCACUUUGUGCACUGCCCUGUCUGGUUUUCAUGUAAAAGAAGUUGCCUGUGGUUGGGAUUUCACAAUCAUAUUAGUAGGUACUGGCCUAGUUCUGUCCUGUGGGUCUAACGCUUUUGGACAAUUAGGAGUUCCUCAAAUUUCAGGUCCAUGCUUGACUCCACAAAAGAUUGAGUCCCUCAAAGAGAAGGUGGUAGAUAUUGCUGCAGGACUGAGACAUGCCGUAGCUGCUACAGAGAGUGGCUUGGUGUUGCAGUGGGGCACUGGCAUGGCAUCUCGGGCAAAGCGUGCCAACCAAGGAAAAAUGCUCCCCCUGUUCCUGUCUGCAAAGGAACCCUGUGAAGUGACAGGCCUGGAAGAUGUAAAAGUUAAGAGAGUUACUGCAAGCUCCUAUCAUUCUGUGUCACUUACAGAUGAAGGACACCUCUACGUCUGGGGUAGCAACAAACACGGGCAGCUAGUAAGUGAAGAGAUUUUCCUGGUUGAGCCCAAGAAGAUAGAGACUCAGUUUUUCUCACAUGAAAAGAUCGGAGCAGUUUGGAGUGGUUGGACCCACUUGGUGGCACAAACAGAAACUGGGAAGGUGUUCACCUGGGGCAGAGCAGACUAUGGGCAACUUGGAAGACCCACGGUGGUUCCCGACGGGCAGGAGGCGAGCACAGUGUCUGAACAAUGCUUGGAGCUGUUGUGUAAUGUCCCUAUUUCCGUGCCUUGCCUAAAUGGAGCAUCUCAGAUUGCAUGUGGCUCAGAGCAUAAUCUGGCAGUAGUUGGUGACUCUUGCUUCUCCUGGGGAUGGAACGAACACGGGAUGUGUGGUGAUGGCACAGAAGCAAACGUCCAGGUUCCGAAGCCAGUCAAAGCUCUCGGUUUUGCAAAACAGAUCUUAAUUGGAUGUGGGGCAGGACACUCCAUGGCUCUUUGUAAAACUUUGUUAGAAGCGGCACACCAGAAAUCAUAGCAUCAUGGAUGUGGAUGGACAUCUUUGUAUUGCAGAGCUCAACGUUGCUGCGGGAAGAUUGCCUGUGAUCAACGCAGCAGCUGGAAAGUGCCGAAGUUUGUUCUGAAACUAAAAGGAACAAGUAUGCAUAUAGAAGAGUAUUAGAAAAAAUUGAACAAUUAUUUUUUUAAAUUAUUUCAUGGGUUCUUUACGCAGGUACUGACUUUCUUAUCUGCAGGUAGAGUGACAAACAUUAUGUCUUGAUGCAAUAUAAUUGAAGAAAGAAUGAAUUCUUGUUCUUUUGAGAAGUGUGUGAGGAGGAAGCUGACUGUCUAAUCACUUAUCAUUAGUGUAAAAAUUCAGCUGGAGGAAGCAGUGUGAGAAGGUGGAGACAUAAGGCCACUUCUGGCCUUUUAUUAUUUUAUCGGCAUGUUAUGAUGAGCAUAUGUUGCACCUGCCAGCUUCUGCUGGAGUUGUGAGAUCCCGGCAUCUUAGAAAAUCCAGUUUGCAUCACAGAGAAGUGCCAGUGAACAUAAGUAGAUGUGUACACACAUUUUAAACAGAAGAUCAGAAUUAAAAAAAAAAAAAAAAAAAAAAGAAAAAGAUAAUUUAGAAAGUAGCCUGGCAAAAGGAGAAAAUGAGGCCCUUCUGAAACAAGCUGUAGUUGAUUAAACUGUGAAAGGAGCAGUGUUUCUGAGGAAUUAUCGUCUGUGCCAGACAUCAAUUUAUUAUAGGUUUGCAGGGAUGCAGAUCCACAUGAAUUGUUAUUGAAUUGCAAACCAAACCUAAAGUUUCUGAAGCUACUGCUUAGGGAAGAAAAUCUUCUAAGAGCUCUUGGAAACAACAGGAGAGUUCUUGUCGAAGAGCAUAAGUCAGUUUUAGCUGUUGAGGACAGUUUGAUCCAAGAUAGCUCAUAUGUUUCUAGCUGCUUUUGAAUAGGAAGACUUCAAUCUAAAAACAAAGUUUUUACAAGUUCUCCAGCUUAUAAGAGCAAUGUCAGGUUGGUUCUCGCAUCUGCUUGGCAGCCCAGCUGAGUUACUAAUCAGAGCAUGCCCACAGGAGUAGUUCCAGGUGAGUGUUUGGCAGAGAACGUAGGUCCAGCACUGGUUUUGGUGGGAGAAAUGGAGAAGUGCAAAUUGCCUUCCGAUAUCAUUAACUGCCUUUGAAGCUAUUUAUAAAACCGUUUUUCAUACGUACGGUGGAUGCCAUUAAAGGGCUGUUAGAAAAUAGGACAGGAAAACUUUCUAAUGAUAUAACAGUCAACUCAUGAGGGGGAGGGAAUUAAGGUCGUAGUAUGAGCUGUGUGGUUUUCUCUCCUAGGUUUGCAGUAGUUGUAGUUCGUAGGUAAUUUUCAGAUGUGUUUUCUCUUUCUAUUCAAUGGAGAAGAAAUUCGUAGUAUGAAGCUGCUUAUAAAAGCAUUACAGAUACUGGAAGAAACUGUAAGGAUAGUAGAACGGGCCUUCUGCAAAAAGUGUGAAAUUGAGUCUUGUGUUGUUUUUUUAAUCUGUGUUGGUUGUGGUUCUUCAUGGUAAUAUAUUGUUCCAGGCUACCUCUGACAUGUUUCACUUAUCUGACUAAGCUGCUGUUCACUGACUCCUCAAUACUAUUUUCUGCAUACAGCAUCCUUUCUGAUACAUGCACUGACCACUUUCUCAUGCCUUUUUCUCAUGCCUUUUUUGCAAUUCUAUCUGAGGGCUCUACUUCUGUUUUCCUGAGAUCUGUGUGCUGAUAAAUAUUAUCUUGUUUCAGUAGUCAUACCCACUGAAUGAUUUUGCUCCUUGAUUAAUGACAGCUAGUAUGUGACCCAUAGGCCCUGGGGUUAUGGUGCUGAGCGUGCUUUGGUUGUGUAUGCUGUUGCUGCAGUUCCAUCCAGAGGAAUCCAGCAAAUUAUAUAGCAAAUAAAUGUGACUUCUUUAUUUGAA